AACAAUGGGGGAGGUUUUUAAGAAGCUAUAUCGAGGUCUUAAAUCUGUAGACCUAUUUACUCACAAUUUCACUCUUAACUUUAAUGGACAGAAGAAUUAUUCCACAAUAGUCGGAGCAAUCUUUUCAAUCAUUAUCUAUGGCAUUUGAGGGUUAUAUGGAUUCAGAUUACUCACAGGCAUGCUUAAUAGAACGAUGCUACAGACUAAUAUAAAUAAGAUUAAAACUAAUUUUGGAAAAGAUCCAGUGGACAUAACACUUAAUGAUGAAGGACUUUAUUUUGCUGUUUCUUGGAUCGGAAGAGAAGGAAGUAAAUCAAUCGAUAUGAUUUCAGAAGGAUUGGGAAUUAUCAAUGUUCAAUUAGUAGAAAGAGUUCCUGAUGGUGAAGAUUAUAUUGAAGAACCAAUUUCCUCACAUGAACUUGAAAAAUGUACCCAAGAAAAUUUGCCAUUAGAUCCGAAUGAUCCUAGCCUUAAUUUAAGACUUGGGCAUACGUUUUAUUGAUUCAAGCGAAAUGAUUUAAUGAAGAUUGUUCAAAAAGAUAUGUUAGAAGGAAGAAGCUUUAACUUCAUAUUUACAGCUUCUGCUUGACCAUUCGACUCAUGAGAUUCUUAUGGAUCAAGGCUAAGUUAUUAUAAUUAUCUGUAUUUUACCGUUAUCAGCAAGUAUUUUGAUGAUUCUGAUCCUCUUAAUCCUAUAAAAACAUAUGUUAAUGAUCAAGCUGGACUUCCUCUUUCUAAAGGAUCCAAUUCACAACUUUCUUGAAAUAUAAAUCGGAACAGAUAUAUUAUUAAUGACUGGUAUUCCAUGAUCACUGGAAGCAGAGAAGGAGAAUUCUACGAUGUUGGGAAUUGAGCCUCAUUCAUACAAGAAACUCAUGAUGGUAAUACUCUUGGUUUUGCUUUAUUUAAUAUAAAUGAAUUUAUUCAAACCUACGAGACAAGUGUUAUCAGCAUCCUUGAAGUUCUUGGCAAUAUUGGAGGUCUUUUUGAGAUCUUAGCUUUGACCUGCUCAUUCUUGAUCAAAGUAAUAACUAAAUUCUCGUACACAAGAGAUAUUAAUAAGAUUCAGAAGAAAGUUAAGUAUAAUAAAGGAUGGUUUACGUUCCCUACACAAAUCCAAAAUAUAGAUUUACAAGAAAGAAUGGCAAGAAGAAAACUAGAGGGAAAGAACUUUGUGUCUCUGAGACCACACAAGAGCAGAGUUAGACCCGAAGAAGAUGCUGAUCCUGCUAUAUCUAUAUCAAAGUAUUCAAACAAGAGAGACUGAGCUCAACAAAAUAUGGUCUGACUAAAUCAGCUAAGCCAAUUGUAUAAAGAUAAGCUGAGUGAACUUGCUGCACAAGCAAAGAAGAUUAAAGAAAUCCGCUGAAACAGUAGAACCUUAACAGAAAUAGACGAAGAGCUUGAUGUUGUUAAAAUCUCUCGGUCCCUCAUGGAACUCAAGCUCUAUGUUUCCUACCUGAUGGACAAAGAUAAUCUCAUCAACGAGGACAUGCUUAAGAAUGAAUUGAGAGAAGAUAGUCAUCAUCUAGAAGAAGAAAAGAAGCUAAUCCCUCCAGACAUUAAGUAUCCAACAAGUUUUUCAAGGAUUUUAAACAAGAAGAGCAAGGGAUCCAUGAAGGAUCCCAGCAAUGACAAGAGUGUUAGCAAAAUUAUAGAAGAUCCACCACUUAAAGCCAACGACGAGGGAGUCUCAAUGAUAUUUCCUUCCAAAAUCCCCAACCCACCCUCCAAUCCUCAAUCAAGAGACCCAACAGAACCAACCCCCUACAACCCACUCUCCAACCACACCACCAAGCAUACCCCCCAACCUAACCCAACCCAUAAACAGCCCAGCCGUGCCAAUCUCUAUUCCAUGAAUAAAUAA